CCCAGCCGCAGUCAUUCUCCAACCUUCGUCCGUGCUUUGCUCCCCGUGCGGCAGGCGGCUGGCUGGCCGGCGGCAACUACGGCGGCGGGCGACCGGACGACGUACACGCAGAUCUGCUAAAGGAGAGCAACAUGGCAACACUUAAAGAUGUGGCAACACGGAAGCCUAUUCUAGCGACAAUCCGCCUCCUAGUUCCUGCUGGAGCUGCGCGCCCCGCACCGCCUGUCGGGCCAGCUCUGGGUUUCUACAGGCUCAAUCUGAUGGCCUUCUGCAAGGAUUUCAACGCCAGGACACAGAAGUACAAGGCGGAGACUCCGAUGCAAGUCACGCUGACCGCCUACAAGGACAGCACCUUUGAGUUCGUAGUCAAGUCGCCCUCGGUCUCAUGGUUCCUCAAGAAGGCAGCGGGCAUCGAGACCGCGAGCAGCCGGCCGGGCCACAACAUGGCGACGUCCCUCUCGCUCCGCCAUGUCUACGAGAUCGCGAAGCUGAAGCAAUCUGACCCGUUCUGCAAGCACAUGUCGCUGGAGGCCCUGUGCAAGUCCAUCAUCGGCACGGCCAAGUCCAUGGGCAUCGAAAUCGUCAAGGAUCUCUGACCGGGCCUCGAGCGUAGUUCAUGUUGCUCCCAUCUGCAGCUGCCUUGUUCCUGGAAGAAAGUAGGGAUCAGAUUUCUUUGCCGGAGAAACCUUGCUGCUAGAUCCGUCGAAAUCCUGCCCCUGUUUAUUUUGUGAUCAAUAUGUACUGUGUGACAUUUCUUCAGUGCAACCACAUGAGGGUGGUGAUUGGGUAAUAAGUUUGUUUCAGCCUGUAUGUUGUGUAACUCUGGGACAGAGGCUUGACACCACUGGACCAUAUCUUGGGUCACAUUUGAAUAGGACCACUCUGUGGUUA